AUGACAAUCGAGGAGGCAAAGAACCUCGGGGCUAGCCCCGAGGACUAUGACACGAAGGUUGUGCCUCAGGUCUCCUCGACAAGCGAUUCAAAAUCUUCCUCAUCAUUUAGCGGUCGUCAAGGAUACAUCAAGUCUAUUGACUGCGCUUUUGACACAACAGAGGACCCGAGGUACUACAAACCUAUCCCGGAGUAUGAAGGUAUUCAUCGCUGGGAUCCAGACUUUGAAUGGACAGAAGAGGAAGAAAAGGCUGUUGUGAAGAAGAUUGACUGGCGUAUCUGCACAUUCGCCUGUGUGACCUUUUUUGCCCUACAACUGGACCGCGGCAAUGUUGUUCAAGCCACAUCUGAUAACAUGCUGGGUGACCUUGGCAUGAAUACAAAUGAUUACAACACCGGUCAGACUAUCUUCUUGCUUACGUUCCUAUUCGCGGAGCUGCCUUCGCAGCUACUGUCCAAGUGGUUUGGACCAGACCGUUGGAUUCCCGUUCAGAUGGUCGCAUGGAGUUUGGUUGCCGCUUGUCAGGCAUUUGUAAAGAACCGCUCCACCUAUUUCGUUACUCGAGCCUUGCUAGGUCUGCUGGAAGGCGGAUUCAUUCCUGAUACAAUCCUCUUCCUCUCCUUCUGGUACAAAUCCAAGGAGCUCCCCAUCCGUCUCAGCUACUUCUGGGUCGCCUACCAAGGAACCUCAAUUGUAAGCGCCUUCUUAGCUUUCGGAUUCCUUCACAUCAGGCAAUCGGACGGCACUGGAGGUUGGCGAUAUCUAUUCGCCUUCGAGGGUCUGAUCACCGGUGUCAUCGGCAUUAUCGCAGCGUUCUGGAUGCCUCCCUCCCCAACCCAAACCGCUGGAAGGUUCCGUGGCAAGGAGGGUUGGUUCAAUGAGCGUGAGGAGAAGAUCAUGGUGAACCGUAUCCUUCGAGACGACCCCAGCAAAGGAGGUAUGCACAACCGCCAGGCCGUCACGCCUCGCAUGCUGUGGCAUGCCCUCAAGGACUACGACAUGUGGGUCAUUUAUAUCCUCGGCUUGACCUGGAUGAUCGCAAAUGUUCCGGCCACCAGCUACAUCAGUCUGCAGCUUAAGUCGCUGGGUUUCAGUACCUUCCAUACUAACCUGCUCACCAUUCCUGCGUCGGUAAUCUUCAUUCUCAACUUGCUGCUGUGGACGUGGAUUUCGGAACGUUUCAAUCAACGGCUACUUCUUGGCGUCGGCGCCGAAAUCUGGGCCAUUGCCUUACUCAUUGCUCUGGAAGUUCUCCCCAAGGGUGCCAGUGCUUGGGCACGAUGGGCUGUAUUGACUCUGUUGCUUGGAAUGCCAUAUGUACAUGCAAUCCUCGUGGCGAUUACGUCUCGUAAUGCUGGUACCGUUCGGACACGGACCGUUGCUACUGCACUGUACAAUAUGAUGGUGCAAGUGAGCAACAUCAUUGGUAACAAUAUCUACCGGGAGAAUGACAAGCCAUACUACCGCACCGGCAACAAGGUGCUCAUGGCCAUUGCUGCGUGGAGCUUGGUGAUGUUUAUCGUCGCGAAGUACUACUAUGUGUGGCGAAAUAAGAAAAACGCUGCUAUCUGGGACAACAUGACCAGCGAAGAGAGAGAGCGUUAUGUCGUCGAGAACAAGCAUCUCGGAAACAAGAGAGUCGACUUCCGCUUCUUACAUUAG